UUCGUAUUUUUCCUAGGAAAACAAUUCGAGGUUUAACGGGGUCUGUCUAUUGCGAGUUGCCAUAUACACCCGCAACCGCAAAAAGCCUAAAACCCUCUCAAGCAUUCGCCGCUCUCUACCUUUCUUUAUUAAACCCUAACUCAAAGCAUCCCAUACUGUAAAAGAAAGGGGAGAGAUGAGUGAAGAGGUGGCGCAGCCGUUGGCAACCGUGCCGGAGAUAAUAUUGAAGAAGAGGAAAAGUAAUGAGGAAUUGGCUUUGAGGAGGAAGGAGCAAUUGGAGCAGAGGAAGUUUCGCCUUAACAAGAACAAGCAAGAGUUAUCAAGAAACCUGAGGACUUUGUCAAAGAGUUCGCUACAGGGUAUCCUUUUCUUCCCUCUCACUACUCUAAUCUUUCCUAUUCUCCUAAAAGAGACCAGCAUUAGAGACAACGAACCCCCAGCUUCUUUGGUCAUUCGCAUACAGGGGAAAAAUGACAUGCAUCCUGCUGUUAGGAAGAACUUAUACAGCCUAAACUUGAGGAAAAUCUUCAACGCUGUUUUCGUGAGAGCAGAUGAAGCAAUGUUAGAAAAGUUGCAGAGGGUGGAGCCUUAUGUUACCUAUGGGUAUCCUAGCCUUAAGAAUGUGAAGGAGUUGAUUUACAAGAAAGGUUAUGCAAAGAUAGGCAAGCAAAGAGUUCCUUUGACGGACAACAACUUGAUGAAGAGGUAUUUGAAUGCACUGGGGAAGUCUAAUAUCAUAUGCAUAGAAGAUAUAGUGCAUGAAAUUGCUUCUACUGGUAAAUAUUUUAAGGAGGCUGCCAGCUUUCUAUGGCCCUUUACACUCAACAAGCCAGAAGUAGGAUUGAAAGGAGUAAAAGCACGUUACCUAGAUGGUGGAGACUCUGGUAAUCGGGAGGAUAAAAUCAAUGAUCUGAUUAGCAAGAUGAAUUAGCAAGAUAAAAUCUUAUUAUUGUAACAAGGACCCGACGUUUUCGUUUGUUCUUUAUCUAUACUGGAAACAAUGUCUGUAUGGUGACUUUGAUGCAGUUAAAGCUGUUAAUUU